CAGAUCGGACAGCCAACGGGAAAUCGAUAGGGGGAUCAUUAGAAACACAUUUUUCAUGGGAUGUGGAGUCCGAGUCACUGUGUUGUUUGUUUGUUUAUUUAGAAGUGUUGACUGUACAUAUUUACAGUGACAUCUCCCUUUAGCCUCACCCACUGUCGAUUUAGUACUGACAAACAUUUUGAGUACGCUAGUAUGUAAGACUGGAGACAUAUGCGAAGGAACGAUGAAGUUGAUACUUGCUCUGAUCAAUUCAGCGCUUUCCCUGGUUGCUAUUUUAGCUACCGAUGAUUUCAUUUCAUUGGCGGAGAUGGAAGACUCACUACUAAGAAAUCUAUUUAGAGGCUAUCAGAAAUGGGUAAGGCCGGUUCAGCACUCUAAUGACACCAUAACAGUCAAGUUUAGACUAAAGAUUUCCCAGCUCGUGGAUGUGGAUGAAAAGGAUCAGCUUAUGACGACAAAUGUAUGGUUAUGGGAGGAGUGGACCGACUGCAGACUGCGUUGGAACCCAGAUGAACAUGGAGGUAUCACCUCGAUCAGAGUUCCUUCUGAAACAAUCUGGCUGCCUGAUAUAGUUUUGUAUGAAAAUGCCGACGGACACUUUGAAGGAUCCUUGAUGACAAAAGUAAUUGUGAAGUACAAUGGCACUGUGAUGUGGACCCCACCUGCAAGCUAUAAAAGCUCCUGUACUAUGGACGUGACAUUCUUUCCAUUUGACAGACAGAAUUGCUCAAUGAAGUUCGGUUCUUGGACUUAUGAUGGGGACAUGGUGGACCUCAUUCUCCUUGACGACCAUGUGGACAGAAAGGACUUUUUCGACAAUGGAGAAUGGGAGAUUCUUAAUGCCACAGGAAUGAAAGGAAACAGAAAAGAUGGGCUGUACUCCUACCCAUUCAUCACAUAUUCCUUUAUUCUCAAACGCUUACCUCUGUUCUAUACUCUGUUUUUGAUCAUCCCUUGUCUUGGUUUGUCUUUCCUGACUGUGCUGGUAUUCUACUUGCCCUCAGACGAAGGAGAAAAACUGUCGUUGUCCACCUCGGUUCUAGUGUCGCUCACUGUCUUCCUGUUAGUUAUUGAGGAGAUCAUCCCAUCAUCCUCCAAAGUGAUCCCUCUCAUUGGCGAAUACUUGCUGUUCAUCAUGAUUUUUGUGACGCUGUCCAUUAUAAUCACUGUGUUUGUUAUCAAUGUACACCAUCGUUCUUCAGCCACUUACCACCCUAUGUCUCCCUGGGUGAAAAAACUGUUCCUUCAAAGGCUUCCGAAGCUACUCUGCAUGAGAGGACACACUGAUCGCUACCAUUAUCCAGAAAUUGACUUGAACAGCCUUGAUGAAAAAAUCAAAUUGUCUGGUACAAAGAGGCCGUUAUCUGGGAAAGCUGAUGAAAACAAGGUAUUGGUGGCACUGAUGGAAAAAGCUACCAAUUCUGUACGAUACAUCUCAAGGCAUAUUAAAAAGGAGAACUUCGUUAGACAGGUUGUCCAAGACUGGAAAUUUGUGGCUCAAGUCCUGGAUCGAAUCUUCUUGUGGGUGUUUCUUACAGUUUCCAUUCUUGGUACAAUACUAAUUUUUACACCAGCUUUACGAAUGUACCUCAGUACCUAAAAAUGAAAAUAAGACACUACCUUAUGUCAACGUUAGUAUUUAAUGUAAGUUUGGAAUUGGUAUUAUCAACCUUUCUGGUCAAAACUGUGGAUUUGUGUGUUAUAUAUUUUUUUUGGACAGGGUUGUAAGUUUGUUAUUAUUUAACAUGAAAUUAACUACUUUAUUACACUAUAAGGAUAUGAUCAGACCAUAUUUCAAAUCUUAAAAUCUUAACCAAUUAUUAGUUCAAAAUACCAAACAUUACAUUCUGCAUUGAACAUUAUUGUUUAGAUACAAUACGUGCCAUAAUCAGAAUCAUUUCAAAUAACUAGGGUUUAAAAUAUAUAAUAAACCGCAAGACCAAAGGCUGGAAAAAGUAUUGGCAUUCUCUUAACAAUGGACAACAUAGGUAUGAUAAGUAGGGCUUCUGUUCUUAUUGCAUUUUUCGGUGCUUAUCUUUUAGCUAUUUGAGUUUUAUGUAAAAAAAUUUCGGGGCUUUCAUUUUUUUCUGUCAAAAUAUGUUUCGUAACUCAACAGGACUUGCACAUUUAAGUCUUACCUUAUUUCCUUUGCUGUGUUCCACAGUGAAUUCCUUAUGGUCACGGGCACAUUCUUCUGGGGUUUUUGUGUGUAGGCAUUCUUUUCACCACAAUAUGCAAUUCUGUUUUAAAUCCUCUGUAUCUUAACUGUAUUACAGCUUUAAAUCCUGUGAACAAGCCCCCAUUCCUAAUUGUAAUCUAGUUUUAAAUCUUGCAAGUGGAGUCUCCAAUAGAAAUGUAGGAAUUUGCUGCCACUCAGUAGUUGGGGUGGGUUUAAGGUAUCAGAACGAAUCAGUCAGGAAGGAGGGACAUUGCCCAGCUGC